AUGGGGGGGGGAGGAGGAGGAGCUCAGCCCCCGCCCCCGGAGCGGUACCAGGCGGCCGUGCCGGGGCGGUGUCAGGGAGCGGCGGAGCCGCCUGUAAAGCGGUGGAGGCGGGGAGCGGGCGACAGGGGUGCUAUGAGUGGGCGACGCUGGCCUUGGUGGGCGGCAGCGGAGCGGGCAAGUCGGAUAAGGGGGCGGGCUGGGGGGCGGCCUCGGGUCGGUAGGCGGCGGGCUGCUCGCUCCGGCGCUUGCUUCCCUCCCACAGCACUGGUGGUGCGGUUUCUGACGCGGCGUUUCAUCGGGGAGUACGCCUCCAACGCCGAAUGUAUCUACACUAAACACUUAAGCCUGGAUGGGAGGCAGAUACACUUGGAAAUUUAUGACCCUUGUUCACAGCCACAGCAGGGGAAGCUCUCCCUCACAGAUGAGCUCCACUGGGCUGAUGGAUUCAUCAUUGUUCAUGACAUCAGUGAGAGAGCAUCAUUUGCAUUUGCAAAAGCAUUGCUAUACAGAAUCCAAGAGUCUCACAUAGAAGCUUGUAAAAAAAUGGUUGAGGCAGCAGUGUUUUUGGUUGGUAAGAAACAAGUAUGCCACAUGAGGGAAGUUGGCUGGGAUGAAGGACAAAAGCUGGCAAUGGAUAACAAGUGCCAUUUCUGUGAGCUGUCUGCAGCUGAACAUUAUCAGGAAGUUGUGGGAAUGUUCACAAAACUCCUGAGGAAUAUCACAUCAAAUUUCAAAGCAAAGGAAAAGAGAAGACCAAGUGGAUCAAAAUCAAUGACCAAGUUAAUCAACAAUGUGUUUGGAAAGAGAAGGAAAUCCGUGUAAAAGAUGGUUAGUCCUGAAUUAGGAGGAACAAGCUGAAAUAAUGGAACACAAGCAGCACUUGGUAUUCAGUCAACUUCCUCUGAAGUCAGUGUCUGGAGAAGAAAGACAGUAUAAACCAAAGGUUGGAGAUAGUAUAGUCAAGGGGACAGGGUCUAGACCUAGGAGACCCAACCUACUAUUUCCAGUUCUACAACAGAUUUAAUAUGUUAGGGCUAUGUGAUUUAAUCUCUAAGCAGCUCCUUCCACUCUUUAUCUCCUAAGUUCUUCAGAGCAGGGAGUUUUAUUCUGUAUUGAUUCAACAUCAGCAUGGACUUGGACAGAGCUUCUAGGUGUGGCUGAGUAUAAGCAGCCAUUUUCAAUGAACUCAGCAUUGCUUACCAAAAUCUUUCUUGAGAACUCGGAGAUGUAGCUUUUGUGCAAGAACACUUGCACUAAAGAAAAGUAAAAUAUUCCUAUUGUGUAUGAUAGCGUAUUUAACUCAAGAAAGAACAGUUCAGAGCCUCAUGAGCCUAAAGGUGUCUAACACCUGCUGACAUUCAUACAAAUUAAAUGUUUAGACAGCAAAUCUACAGAAGAUACUUACCAUCAAAGCUACCUUGUGGAGGCACCAGAAGUAGGGAAUCAGAUAAACAAGGCAGUAUUGUCUUCUGUUUCGUAUCUUCUUUGUGGUGUUUUUUUUUUGUUUGUUUGUUGUUUUUUAGUGAUAAAGUAGAGAGGGCUGAGGAGGGUAGGAACUGAAAAAUGUUAGUCAGUGAGCAGUGGACUGUUUUAGAAAAAUCAUUAUCUAGCUAGGGCCAGUGUAAGAUCUUGGACUGAUCAUUUUCACAGAGCAGUUUUCCUGCAUUAUAGUACAGUUUCUUUACUGGUAAGGUGGAUAUGCCUGUUCAAGAACUUAAUUUCUGCGUGAGUUUAAAGGUCAGCCUGCUGGUAGGAGCCAUGCUCCUAACUUGCACAGAGUUUUUCCAAAAGACCAGUGUUUUUACAACUGAGUCAUCGCUGUGGUAUUGAAAUGCCACUUGACAGAGCACUAAGGAGCACUAGCCACACUUUUCAAAUGUGGCUAUUAAACAUCAGACGGGUCUAAAUAUGCUGUCAGUUGACAUUCAGAGCUCUUUCUGUAGCUUUAACUAAAUAAGGGCUUAGCCCAGCAUGUUUGAAAGUGCUGUGCUCAUACAGAAAUCAUGAAAAGGAAGAGGAAUGAUCCAAAAGUGAACUACUGCUUCUUGCUCAGUCCAGAGGACAGCUGGGAUUCAGUCUUUUUGAGCUUCUGCACCAAAGCCUGCCUCUUCUCUGGAAGGUUUGAAACUGUAUUGAAACUGUUAAGAUUACUUUAUCAGUCAGGACAGAAUACUGAUUUUAAAAUGUCCAUAAGAUGGCAUAUAAAAAGCUAUAUAAUCUUAAUAUUACUGUAGUAAAAUAAAAGUAAAGAAAGUUUUAAUGUGUUGACCAAAGAUCACCUCCUUUUUUUUUUUUUUUUUAAGGAAAAUAAACUUUUUUAUUUCACUUGUUUUAAGACUACAAAUAUUGGAAUAUAGUUCUUACACAAUGCUACUUUAUUUCGAUUCAGACGCUUCUCUGCCAUAUCAGGAGUAGUGUACUUAAGACUGUAUUGUCAGUAGCUGUGAAACUGAACUUGAAGACUACUAUUGUACACCUUUCCAGCUUUCCAGCACACAUGGAAUUCCAGAACAGCUGAUAGACUGUCAGUAUGCGAGGGCAGCUGUAUAUUGCCAUAUCUAGCGUUGUCCAGAAACCUGUUGUUUCUAUUUACUGCUAUGGUAUCCAAUAAACUGAAUAUAAGAUGGA